CCUGUGAUUCCGUGGUCAAGGCAAGCUGGUGCUGGCUGAUUCAGUAAACAGAUCCUUCAUCAUCAUCAGUUUUCAAAUCUGCAUCAUCUCAUCAACUCAUCAUGAAGCUGCUGGCUGUGUGUGUCCUGGUUUUCUCUGUGAUGGCUCAGACCAGAGCUGACCCUAUUCCAGAUGAUGGCUCCCCUGAUCCAGUUGUUGUGGCCAUGAGUCCUUCAUGUCCUAUCGGCUGGUCUCUGAUCAACAAUCGCUGCUUCCAAUAUGUUACCAGGAGCAUGACUUGGGCUGGAGCUGAGAAAAACUGUCUGUCCAUGGGAGCAAACCUGGCAUCAGUUCAUGACAUGAAUGAGUACCGUCAGGUUCAGUCUGUGAUAACUAUGGCAACUUACGGAUCCGGAAGAACCUGGAUUGGAGGCACUAACGCACAGGAGACAAGGGUUUGGUUUUGGAGCGAUGGAAGCCCUCUGCGCUAUACAAAUUGGUGUCCUGGAGAGCCUAAUAAUUAUGGAGGAUACCAGCACUGUUUGCAGAUGAACUAUUCAGAUGAAAAGUGCUGGGAUGACGAAACUUGUUCUGUCCGUCUUCCUUCCGUCUGCGCCAAGAAAGUCUGAUGAUUCAGACGUUCACCCAGACGCUUAAAACAGAAUCUAGUGGAGGAUCCUUGUUAUGCAUUUCUGUUAACCUGACUUUUCCAUCCUCAUAGAUAUCCAAAAAUCUCUUUCUGCUUCUUUGUUUCAACUUAUCUUUAAUGCAAUGAGGCCACAAACAAACAGCAGGUGGAUUUUUUUUCUCUUUCAUUAAAAAGUGUAAUUUAAGCAAACCACUUUCCUGUUUUCUUGGCCUUGCAAAAAUAAACCUUAGACGCAUUAAAAA